AUGUCGGCGGAAGCGACGUGCACGACGUGCACCUUCACUGAGCUGGCGGGCGUCGUCCUCGGCCACAGCCGCCGGCGGAUCUCGGGCAGCAGGAUGCACCCGUGCCGCCGCCGCGCGUGGAUGCGGUUUGGCGACAUCCGCCACGCCCUCGGCCAGGUCGUGCUGCGCAUCAAGUCCAUGGUCUCGCCCGACCGCCACAGCAGCGCCGGCGACCGCGACGCCUUUGGUUUCCGGCUCCAAGAUGUACCAGGCUCUGACCGCCGACGCUCGUUCGGAGCACCGCGUCCCGCCUCAACAACGCCCAAGCAGUCGGCGACCAAGAGCAAAGCCUCCAGCUCUUCUUCUUCGGAGCUUCCAGCGCCGUUCAAGCUACCAGACGGUGAGCAUGAGUAUCUAACCGAGAAGACCGAGUUUGGAGACUCCUGGCCGGAUGCCGAAGCGAGAAACGUGCGGCAGAGCAUCGUGGCCGUGUUUGACUAG